AGGCUGCCUAAAUAAUCCACAUCACACAUUUCAGUCCAUUUAGUGAUUUAGUACAGUGCUUAUCUUUGUUUAUUACAACCAGCAAGUAGUAGGAUGGGAUCAAAUGAUUUGACCUUGCGUAUACAUUGUGGUUUCAGCUCCAAAAAGUGCUUUCAGUUUUGCCCUGUAAAGUUUUCUGAGGGUGUUCUGAGGUAGUAAAGUUGAUUUAUAUUUUCUAUAAGCAUAGCACGCUCGGGGGACACCUUAAUGCACCCUUUAGGACAACUGACUGCCUGCUGAAGGACGCUCUCGACCUCACUAGUAAACACGGAGCUCUGCCUGAAAGGCAAACCCCAGGGUUUACCUAAUCUCCCACGUCCUUAUGUCACUAGCUACGGAAGUAAAACAUUAUAGCACCCAUGCUGGGUAAUUUUGACUUUGAAUAAGCGAUUUUAUUCUAUUUUUUGUUAUAUAUCAUGUUUUGAACUCUAAAAUCUAUAGAUCUAGUUCAGAGUCCAGGUAGCAGGGGUAUUUUGGCAUUGUCAGUCACUUUAGGUGAUUGUUUCUACAUGUACGUAAAUACCGCGUUAACUUAGCUAUUGCUAGCUCACUGCAGUGUAGUGUACACUGGAGGAUAGUCAUAUAAACAGUCUGAAUGGAGCUGUCUGUGAGAUGAAACCGUCUGAACCUGAGCUUCAGUUUACAAAGGUCCCUGAAGGAGCACCUAUGCUACCUCCAGACUAGUUUUGUUGGUGUGAACACAGCUGGCCGAGCCUGCCUGUUGGUUUGACAUUGAGGUGCACAGUGGGGACUGAGAUGGUAUAAUGAAGACUUCAGUGCAUACUUAAUUUGAGUCCAGGUCUGUGGGGAUGUUUCGGCUCAGGUGUGGGAACUCCUUCCUUCGGAGGUUCCUUCAUGGAGGGACAGUUAACCGAGACCAGGUUCUGGAACAGCUGCAGGUUUGCUCUGCUGAAGACCAGGUGUUUGAUGUGGUGGGCAAAAACAAGGCCAAGCUUACAGUGAACCAUGUCUGCACAGCUUUGGGGAAGCUGUGGCAGUUUCAGAAACUGAAGCCACACAUGCUCAGGAUUGGGGAAGUCAUCCAGAGCGACCCGCAAUUCUUGACUCUCCGGGUUUUGGCGGAGAACAAAAUUGCUCUUAUGGAUGAUUUUAUGUUGGUCGACACACUUUACUGUCUUCUCAGGUUGAAUGUGGAGAAACAUGACUCUCUUGUACAACAGUUAGUUUCAGAAGCAUGGCUGAGACUAGACAGAUUGCCAAUGGCAUCCCUAUCCAAGUUUUCUAUCUGUCUAAGUAAUCAGCAAUUUCAACAGAGUCCUCUAAUGGGCCAGAUCACCAGUAUUGUGGAUCAGAGGUUGUCGUCCAUUGAUGAUAUCAGGAUUCUAACGUCAUUGAUGAUCAGCAUCUCGUUCCUGGUGUCUCCCCGGCUUCAGGAGGCCCUCAUUAGCAGGGCAGACCAUCUCCUGUGCAACAUGGAUCCCUCACAGUUUAACAAUGUGCGGAGAUUAGUGCAGUUCCUGCGCAUCGUCAAGCACAGUUACCGGCCUCUGCUGGAGAAGUGCAACAAGAUCAUCCUGGGCCACAUUCCCAGGCUGGAUGCAGAAAAUAUCAGCAUGAUAAUGGGUUUUUAUGAGUCCCUGCAGUUCAACAACUAUGACUGCAGACUGGCUGUCAAACAAAGACUGAUAGAACUGAUUGAUUCAAGCUCCGAUCCUUUCAACUUCACCAAAGUGUUUGCCCGUCUGGCUCCGAUGGCCAGUCAGGAGACCAGAGAGGGGUUGGAGAACACUGCUCUCCUGUUGGCGGAUGAGCUCAAUGCACAUCAGGCUCUGGCUAUAGCUGAAACUCUAGAAGAGAUUCAGAGCAGGAAUCUUAUCUUACUGAACAAAAUUACAGCAGUAAUCCAAAGGAACCUUCACGUCUACAAGCCAGUGGAGGUGGCCAGAAUCACCCAAACCCUUUUUCUGUUGAAAUACCAGAACACGGAACUCUUUGCUCAACUAAGAACAAUUUUGGUCAACUUUUUGCUGCGCAGUGUCUUACCCUACGAAGUGACCAUGUUGAACCGUGUUCUGUCCAUGCUGCCCAGCCCGCAGCUUGACGAUGGCGUGUUCUCCCGGGUAGACGCGGUGGUGUCGCAGUGCAAUUUGAAUGACCUCAACACCAUUUCUUUUUCCGUUGCUAAGUGGGUGCGUAAUGAUGCUUCCUACCGCUACAACACUCCCAGCAAGUUCGUCGGUCUACUGCAGACCAUAAACCGCUGCGGGCACGAGAGGCUGCAAAAGGCCGUCCGGCUGGACUCGCUGCUGGACGAUCUCCGGCACGUUUCGGGAAAGUGGUUUGAGGAAAUGCUGCUGGAAGAGACGAUGGUCACGCUGAAGAGGAUGAUGGACCAAAUAAACUGGACCAAUGUGCCGGGCUUGUCCCUCUUCUUAACCAGAAUGAAUCACAUCUGCCCUCCCCUGAUGAACCGCAUCGCCAGCGUGACCAUUAAAGACAUUGACAAGAUUCACCACUCCGCAAUAUAUGCCACCCUGCUCCCGUUCUCUGUCCUGAAUUAUGAUACCGCACAAGCAGACGAGUUGUUUGAAGUUUGUAUUCAGCGCUUCACUCCUCAUAUCAGCUCCUAUGACCCACAUCUGCUAGUUUUGCUGGCGUUAAACUUGGCUAUGGCCGACUGUUUUCCUGAGGAACUAGUGAGAGAAAUCUUCAGCAUAGACUUUCUGAGAAAGCUGGACACCCAACUAGAAACUCUACCUGAUCUCUUCAAUAUGCGGAUCAGACUGCGCCUCAUGGAGCUCAACCGCGCCGUCUGUCUGGAGUGUCCCGAGUUCCUGGUGCCGUGGUUUCAUGGCCGCUACUGCCAGCAGUUUCAGAUAAAUGGGAAAGGCAGUGUGAGUCCCGUGCAACAGCAAAUCCAUAAAAUGCUGGGUGAGGUUCUCGGUGGCAUUAACUGUGUUCAAGUAGCAGUUGUCACUCCAUACUUUUACACCAUAGACUUUGAAUGCAUCCUGGACAAACACCUGCAGCCGAUGCCCUACAGCCAGCUCAACACACUGCAGCUCUCAGACAGAGGAAAGGUUCACUGGGAGACACGCUCAGGGGAAAGCAACCGGGAUGAGCUGCCAGCUGGAGCUCGGCGAUUUGCGGUGGACUUCCUUGAUUCAAAGUCCUUCUGCAAUAACUCUCACCAUAUGAAAGGGGAAGAACUGAUGAGAAAAAGACACCUUGAAAUCCUGGGAUACCGUGUGGUUCAGAUCCCUCACUUUGAAUGGAACUCUAUGGAGCUUUCAACACCGGAUGCCUGGAAGCAAUAUCUAAAGAAGAAGUUAUUUAAAGAGCUUUCUUCAUGAAGGCCUUACUUAGUGAAGAAUGGAAGUAAUGUUUCACUCAACGCUUUGACACAGCUUUGAGAGCUUUCAGGCUGAACGACAGUAUGUUAAUAUACACCAAGUGCUCCUUAUUUUUUUGUUACUGAGCAUAAAGUUCACAUGAAUCUUCCUCAAUCAUGUUAAGUAAGCGUGUGUGUUUUUGGCUUUUGCAUUAAAAUGAGUAUUUUAAA